AUGCGUGUGAUUACCAUUGUAAUGUUGCUCUGCUUUUGCAAAGCUGCUGAGCUGCGCAAAGCAAGCUCAGGCACUGUGAGAAGCCGAGUGAAUCAUGGCCGGGCGGGUGGAGGCCGGAGAGGCUCCAACCCGGUCAAACGCUAUGCACCAAGCCUCCCGUGUGACGUGUACACAUAUCUCCAUGAGAAAUACUUAGAUUGUCAAGAAAGAAAAUUAGUUUAUGUGCUGCCUGGUUGGCCUCAGGAUUUGCUGCACAUGCUGCUAGCAAGAAACAAGAUCCGCAUAUUGAAGAACAACAUGUUUUCCAAGUUUAAAAAGCUGAAAAGCCUGGAUCUGCAGCAGAAUGAGAUCUCUAAAAUUGAGAGUGAGGCGUUCUUUGGUUUAAACAAACUCACCACCCUCUUACUGCAGCACAACCAGAUCAAAGUCUUGACGGAGGAAGUGUUCAUUUAUACACCUCUCUUGAGCUACUUGCGUCUUUAUGACAACCCCUGGCACUGUACUUGUGAGAUAGAAACGCUAAUUUCAAUGUUGCAGAUUCCCAGGAACCGGAAUUUGGGGAACUACGCCAAGUGUGAAAGUCCACAAGAACAAAAAAAUAAAAAACUGCGGCAGAUAAAAUCUGAACAGUUGUGUAAUGAAGAAGAAAAGGAACAAUUGGACCCGAAACCCCAAGUGUCAGGGAGACCCCCAGUCAUCAAGCCUGAGGUGGACUCAACUUUUUGCCACAAUUACGUAUUUCCCAUACAAACACUGGACUGCAAAAGGAAAGAGUUGAAAAAAGUGCCAAACAACAUCCCUCCAGAUAUUGUUAAACUUGACUUAUCAUACAAUAAAAUCAACCAACUUCGACCCAAGGAAUUUGAAGAUGUUCAUGAGCUGAAGAAAUUAAACCUCAGCAGCAAUGGCAUUGAAUUCAUCGAUCCCACUGCUUUUUUAGGGCUCACACAUUUAGAAGAAUUAGAUUUAUCAAACAACAGUCUGCAAAACUUUGACUAUGGCGUAUUAGAAGACUUGUAUUUUUUGAAACUCUUGUGGCUCAGAGAUAACCCUUGGAGAUGUGACUACAACAUUCACUACCUCUACUACUGGUUAAAGCACCACUACAACGUCCAUUUUAAUGGCCUGGAAUGCAAAACGCCUGAAGAAUAUAAAGGGUGGUCUGUGGGAAAAUAUAUUAGAAGUUACUAUGAAGAAUGCCCCAAAGACAAGUUACCAGCAUACCCUGAGUCAUUUGACCAGGACACAGAAGAUGAUGAAUGGGAAAAAAAACAUAGAGAUCACACCGCAAAGAAGCAAAGCGUAAUAAUUACUAUAGUGGGAUAA